AUGAUCUCGUUACGUGAGGUUCGAAUAGGAAUGGAAAGAGCAUGGCCAAUGUUCGCCUUAGGUGCUAGUUGUAUUUUAGUCACUGCGAUUGUCUUCGGUAUUCUCUGCGGAAAUAUGCUACGAGCACGACGUAAAAUCGAAAGACUUCAACGAGAAAUUGAAGAAAAACAACAACAAUAUCCAAUGUAUCUCAUUCACUCACAAAGUCAAAAGUCUCUUCAACUCCCAACAAGUCCUCUCAAUAAUAAAACUAAUAACAAUACGAAUCAAAGUGCUGCGAUAAACAUGUCGGCAACAAAUAUCACCGCGCCAAUUAUUCGUGAUCCGACAUUUAAAAUUCAUCCAUAUCUGCACUUUUCUAACAAACACAUCGUUGAACUUUAA